CACUACUGAAUCUUAGUUGUCAUUCAUAUCUAUAGAUAACUUGUGUAAAUUUGAUAGUGAUUAGAGCAUCCCCAUCUCGUUCUGCAUCUCACCCCUAUUCUUAUAAUUUGGGAAAAAAUUAUGCAGUUUGGCUCAAAAACCCUCUCCAUCUCGUUCCCCAAAAUGGGGAUGAAAAUUAGGGGUGCUACAGGAGGUCCCCAUAUUUGAGGACUCACUGUACAUCCGCAUCGCUCUCUCGCCCCAACGGUUGCCCCUUCCAGCCCGCGUCUUCUUCUCCCCCCUCCCCCCCUCCCUCGCAACGCAGCACGGCCGGAUUCUGCCCUCCUCGACUGUAAGUGCUAUUUUAUUCUCUGAUUUGGUUUUGUUUUUCUUCUGGGUUUCCCUGUUUUGUCCGAAUCGCUUUUUGUUGGAGGAACCAAGGAGUAUCUGGAAGAUUGACUGUAUAUUAAUUGGAAUGAAAUUAUGGUAUUUUUCCCCGUGGGAUGCUGUAUAAAUUUGUUUUUGAUUGACUAUAUAUUGUUUGAAAUGAAAAUUAAGCAGUACCCAUGUAUUGCUUCUAUUGUCGGUGCUGAUUUUAGUUUUGGAGCUCUCUCUUUUUUUGGUUUUCGAUUCGGUUGAGAAAGUUAAACUCAAUCCAGAUUUGGGUUUGUUUUCUUCUUCUGUUACAUCAUGUGCUGAAACAUUUGUGAUCGAGGGGUGCUGCCAUUUCGUUGAUUUGGGGUCUAUUGAUAAUUUUGGAUUCUGGGCUUUCUUUUUAGAAAAGUUUUCGAGGGAUGAAUACAAGUACAGGUGCAUUUUAAUCGCAAUUAACUAGGAACCUAAUAUUUCCCUUUUGUGAUUUUCAUUUAUUGUAAGUUCAAAUUUUGGAUUCUUGUCUGCGAUUGUAUUUUUUCCAUCCUGGGUAUCAUAAGCUUGUUGAAGGGAAAAGUAACCUACUUCACUUUCUGGUGUUUUAUGUGUAAAUUGGAUGGGACUCAGUUUGUGUUUGAGAGAUCUGUUCUGUUGUUUGUUCCGAAUUUCAUCUUUGUCUCAUCUAUAUGCCAUCAUAACCAUAGGAGAAUCAUUAAGAUCUGACCCUUUCUGGCUUUGUCCUGCUUUGUGGCUUUGUCCUGCUUUGUGGCUUUGUCAAUUUUUGAGUAAUCCUGUUUCAUUGAUUUAUUUUCCUGGUUUUUCCUGGGUUAUGAAUUGCUUCCCUUCUUUCUUUGCUUGUAUGCAUUGUGAUAUGGACAUGGGAGAGCACCAUUCUGCGAUAUUUCCAUGGAAUAUUAAGGAGUAAUUAUUUGUGAAUGCUACCAUAUCUCUCUUUUUUUUGCUAUGGAUGCUCGAGAGGCUGACGCUUUCCAUUCAAAGUCUCAAAUAUCCUAGUUUGCUUGUAUACAUUUGGUUUAUUACUUUUUUCCUUAUUGCUUUGAAUUGAAUUGGUUGUUUCAUUGCAUGUUUAAAUUGAUAUGAAAAUUCUGCUCUUAUAGAUGGGGAUCCCACGACAAAUUCUGCUCUUACUUUUUAAAACCUCUUCUAUUAUAGUUGAUGUCAUUGAUGACCAUAUAAUUGUUGAAUAUCAUGGUGAUGUUUGAAGUUUUUCUAUACAGUUACCUUGUUUGAACACAGAUCUAUAUAUAACAUCUAUCUAUAUAUAAUAUCUUUUUCUUUAUGGUAUGGCCUGACCUAUUGCGUAUGACAGGCAAGCUUUGUAGCUUGUUCUGUUAGAGCUAUGGUAUUUUUUUUUUUGUUAAAGGUAGGAUUGUUUGGGAAGAACACAAGGUAUUGUUUUUUAUUAACUAGUGGUUGAAAAACACUGGUCUUCGUGUUUUUUAUUUUGUGAAUAUGAGUGGAUAGACCUUCUUACCGUGGCUGUACUGGCCAGAUACCAUUUUAUAUCUUUGUGGAUGAAUAUAUUUGAGUUCAUCUAUAUUAACAAAUAUUUGAGUUCAUCUAUAUUAACAAAUAUUUGAGUUCUCUUUUUUCCUCAAAGAUUAACAAAUAGUUCUGUCUAAAAUUUCCUUUUUUUAGUAGUUGUUAUUAGGGUUUUUAUUUUAUUUUUAUAUGUCUUUUUUUUUUUUUUUGUUUUUAUCUCUUUCAUGUGGGACACAGACUAUGAAUUUCCAUUUUUUUGUUGGUUAUUGAGUAAUUUCUUCAUUGUUGUUUGGUCAUUUGCAGUGUUUCGUGUCAUUCAGGGGAGGGGGGAUCUAAUUAGGCUGUGAUGAUGGGGUUAAUUCAGAAGUGUAAUUGGGGCCCCAUCGAUAUGGCGGGGUAAUUUUCACCCGAAUCGCCAUAUUGCAGUUUGUGGUACAUAUCACAAAAGGCAAUCGGGGUUCGGGUAAGAUUUUGCAGCCAUUCGAUAUUGGGCUUAUUGCUUACACAUGAUGUCAAUAUUUACACCAUUCUGAGCCUUUAUAAUUAUUUAUAUAUUCGAUAUAUUAUUAAACCGGAUGGGGAUGCUCGUAUUUUUGGUUAUUUUGUUUUGCAUGUUGUUUGGUAUCUUGAUUUAAUUUGGUUUAAUUAUGUGUAAACUAAACCAUAAGGCUGUGAUGAUGACAAUCGUUUGUGGGGAUCAUGUGAAAUAAAUGGUCAUUUCCCUAAUGGCUAGGUAAUCAGGACGACCAAUAAGUAUUGGCAACCGGUUGUAGCAGCCAUCAGUCGGUGGCCAACUUUCCAAGAUCAUACCAAACGGUUUAUGAGCCAUCCACCCGGACUAACAUCCCAAACUUUACAAGUUUCAUUUCUAACAUUUUCAAUGCGUUUUUAGCGAUGGAUUCAUAAGACUCUGGACAUAUGUUCUUCACAAAUCUCUUAAGUCAAGAUCCUCAACUAGACCCCACUUAUGGUGGGCAAAGUGGAUCAUCUCCAAUGACCCUUGGUGACUCUUCACCCCUACCCCCUAAUGAGCCUAUCGGCAAUAGGAAAUCAGUGAGGGGUGCAAAUUUCAACCUCGAAGAAGACAAGUUACUUGUCUCGGCAUGGCUAAAUUGUAGCCUUGAUGCUGUUCAGGGAACAGAUAAAAAACACUCCCAACUUUGGGAGAAAAUUUAUGAGUACUUCCAGCAAUUUAAGGAAACCACAAAUGACCGGACAAUAAAGUCUUUAAUUCAUCGGUGGUCGGUUAUCCAAAAGGCCACAAACAAAUUUUGUGCGAAACUAGCCCAAGUUGAAGGGUUAAAUCAAAGUGGCAUGACCGAACAAGAUAAGUUUGAGAAGGCGAAGCUAAUGUACCAAUCACUCGAGAAAUGCUCAUUUCAGUUCGAGCAUUGUUGGCACCUGUUGAAGGACCAACCUAAGUAGAUUUGGCGCGCCACAAAGGAGGAUCCAAAGCGGAGGAAGACGAUGUCCCCAUCCCCGACCCCAACUCGAUGUUCUGACGCUAUAGUUGAUUCAGUUUUUGAUAUCGACUCGGAUCAAAUGCAUGCUCAUGAAGUUAUCGAGCCCGACCGACCAAUUGGAAGGAAAGCUGAGAAAGGAAAACGAAAGGCCCAAGGCAGGCAAGCAGAGGAGAAUUUCCAACUCAGGAAGAUGAAAUAUACUCUUUUGGAGGAGUCACGCGCUCAGGAGAAAGAGUUUUAUCGCCUUAAAGCCGAGAAGAUGGAGUAUGACAAGGAGAUAGAGGCCAGAAAAUUACAACUUGAGGAUGAAAGACUGAGGUUGGAGGCCGAGAAGAUGUCGCUUGAUCGAGAAAAAGAGCUCAGUAAAAUCCGGCAAGAGGACGAACGGCUGUGGUUGGAGGCUGAGAAAGUGGAGAUCGCGAAGAAGGAAUCAGAUCAGCGCAUCAUGAUGAUGGAUGUGAGUGUCAUGCCAGAAAUGCAGCGGCUUUAUUUCCAGCAACUCCAGAGGGAAAUCAUGGUGAGACGCAUUAGAGAUGCCAAUUUGGAUUGAUUAUUUAUGAUCAUGUUAUUUAUUUUAUGUUUGGGACAAUUAUGUUUGGGACAAUUAUUUUAUGAAGCGGGUCUUGAUUAUUUUU